AUGUCGCCCGGCGACUUCGUCAACGACACCACGACCGCGCUGAUCACGCCACUGCCGGCGCCGCCGGCACCAGCUACAGCAACAAGAACAACAACUACUACCACUACAACCUCGGGCCCGGUAACAGGCAACGGCAGUCACAACAAGAACAACAACAACAACAACAACAAGACCACGGCCGACUACCUCGCGCAAUUCCCGCACCUGACCGACCUCGACAAGCGCAUCCUCGCGCAGCCCGCCGAUGACUCGCGCUUCACCCCGCACUCGUGGCGCGACCUGCGCGCCCUGCUCGCCGCCAACGCCCUGCACCUGCUCACGCGCAGCCCGUCGCAGACGCGCGCCUACCUCGACUGGUCCCUCGACGUCCGCGCCCGCCACGGCUCCCUGACCGACUACCUGCUGCGCGAGCGCCUGCACUGGACGCCGAGCGCGAACGAUGCGCACUCCGGCAUCGCGUUUGACUGCGCAGACGCGACGCCGUUUGCGAACGCGGCGGACGUGCGGGUGCUGCGGAACGAUUGGCCGUACGGGCUGGACGAGGGGAUCGCGCACGUGUGCGUGUGGGUGAAGACGCCGCUGGAGGUGGUGGAGGUGGGGGGUGGUGGUGAAGGGGCGGGCGGCGAUCUGACGGCCGAGGCGCGCGCGCGGGUGGAGGCGUACGUGACGGAGACGUUUAGGGUGCCGUUGGGCGAGGGCGAGGCCGAGGCCGACAGGGGGGAGAGGGUGCUGUGGUUCAAGAACUGGGCGGCGCUGCAGAGCGUGAGGGGCGUGGAUCACGUCCAUGUGCUGCUGAGGGAUGCGCCGCCCGAGUUGCUGGAGAGGUGGAUGAAUUGA